AUGUCUUCUCAGGAGUCAGGAGAGAGCCCUCAAUCUCAAAAGAUGACUCAACCAGGUGGAACCCAGGAGAAGGAGACCUCCAGAUCCUUUCCAGUGACAAGUUCCAUCAGCCAGAACAGUGAGAUCAAUCAAGGCGCCCAGCAGUUUUCCGAGAUGCACCUGGCUGACCUACAGAAGGUGUUUGAGAAGGAGGCAGAUGAGAAUGGAGCCCUGAAAAAGGAAGGCUUCAUCAAGAUCAUGAAGGGGGUGCUGAACAACAUGUCGGAGGAGAUGCUCGAGGUGCUGUUCUUGAAGGUGGACUCAGACUGCAAUGGCUUUGUCACCUGGCAGAAGUAUGUGGAUUAUAUGAUGCGUGAGUUCCAGGGCAAGGAAGAGAUGAGGAAGAGCCAGUACCGCCUGCGCUUCCACCUUCCCAUGACCGUCAUCCCCCUGCACCAUGGGAGCGAGGUGGUAAAAGUGGCGUUUUUAAACCAACGGCUCAAAAAGAUGGGGUGUUUCCUGACUGUCACCAAAGAUGGGGUCCUGCAGUUCUGGUCUGAGACUUUCUCAAUGAUGGAAUCCUUCCGGCUUACCCAGACCAAGCAGUACGGCCACCAGCAGAUGUGGGUUAUCGACGUGGCAUACCUGCACAACAUAAACCUCAUUGCAGUUGCCUCCACUGAGCUGAAGAUAGAGUUCUUUGACAUCAGUGGGUACAAAUGUAUCCGAGCCUUCACCUUCGUUGAUCUGGAUAGCUGUGUCAUGGUCAUGGACUACUGGACUGACUAUCACAAAGCGAUUUUCUGCUACGGGGACACCAAGGGCAAUGCUGUCAUUUUCAUCUCUGAGAAUCCAUCUAGUGGGCUGUUCAACCCACAGAUCCUCCCCCGGACCUCCAAAUGGGAUCACUGGUUCACGGUUUCCCUGAGGAAGCUCUUAAAUGAGAAGGCGCCUCUGUAUAAAAGCUUCCGAAUGAAGGGUCUCCACCCCAACUGGUGCCAGCAGGUCAAGUACAUCCCGCAGCUGAAUGUAGUGGUCUCGUGUUCAGCUGUCGAGAAGUCCUCUCUGGUGCUGAUAAUACUGCCAGGCAAAGAACCCGAGAAACCCAGGCUAUCAUCACUGAAUUUAAGAAAAGGAAUUCUUUGCUUCGACUACUGUCCAGACAGGAACUUUCUGGCAACUGGUGGCUAUGACCCCCACAUCCGCCUGUGGAACCCCCUGGUCUCAAAAAAGCCUGUGUGGCUGAUGAAGGGACAUCAGACAUCGGUGACACACCUCCUCGUGAACAGCAAGAACACCAGUAUCCUGAUCAGCAUUUCCAGGGACAAGAACAUUCGAGUGUGGGAUCUGCAGGACUAUGUAUGCCUCCAGUCCUUCUGUGGGAAGCUCUUUCCCCUGGGCAACUGCCCCAUAACCAGCGCCUACUUCCACAGAAACAGCACGCUCAUCUGUAGCACCUAUAAUAUUGGGAUCCUCAGAGGAUACUUGGAAUCCCAGGGCCCCCUGAAAACAGGGAAGAUGACGACUCACAACACACCUCUGUGUGCAGUCCUCUACAGCAAAAUCUUUAAGCAGGUGGUGAGUGGCUGCCUCCAGGGGAUAGUGAGUGUGUGGGACAUCAGCACAGGCAAGAAGAGGAUGGAGUUACCCGUGUCCAGCAUCCAGGAAAGUGAGCUGACUGCCAUGGCUCUGGACCAGUCGGAGAGGUGUCUCCUCACAGGCUUGCGUGAUGGCACAAUGCAGAUGUGGAAUUACAACACUGGGGAGUGCCUGAUGACCUUUCCCAACCCGGACAAAGUAGAGAUUAGUGGGAUUGUCCACAUGAACAAAGUGUUCUACAUGACUGGGUGGAGUAAGAGGAUCACCAACUUCACGUUCCAAAAGGCCACACAGGCCCUCUCCUGCUACCACUGGCAGAGCUUUCACACAGAGGACAUCCUGAGCAUGGACAAGUACCAGAACCAGUUCCUCGGGACCUCUUCCUACAAUGGGGACAUAGUCUUCUGGAAUGUCAGCACGCUGAAGCCUAUCUUGAGUUUCAAUGCCUCCAAGAGCCCUUUACCUUUACAACCAAAGAAGGUGAGAGAUAGAGAGUUAUGUGCAACCAAAACUCCAGUCCAUCUAGACUAUGAAGAUCAAAAGUGGGCACACAAGCCCUGGAAGUCAACUGUCUCCACUGUGAAGAGGAGACUGAUGUCAGCUCCCCCAGUGAUGAAACACUGGAAAGACACAGAGCAAGAGAGGAACAUGGCUCAGGAGAAACGGUUCAGGAGUCACAAACCUGGAUUGUCUAAAACGGUCCUCGAUAAGUCGGUUCAUAAGCCAGCAUUUCACAAAGACUCUCAAAAGAGAAAGGGGGAAUUCUGGAAGAAGUUGCUGCUGCAGUCCAGCGUGUCAGUGGAGAAGGUUGUGGAAGGACAGACCAUUUCUCUGGUCCCUCCACCACUUCUGAUUACCUGGAGUAGCCACAUGGACAGCGUGACAGAUAUCCUGUAUGUGGACUCCUUCCGGCUGGUUGUCAGUGCAAGCGAGGACCGGGAUGUCAAGGCUUGGAAUCUCUGUGGUGAUACCAUAGGAACGUUUGGCCUGAAUCUUUGGAACAGACUGCAAGAGGCUACGGUGACCGACGAACUGGAACAGGUGGCAAGACUGGAGAAGAAGCUCGACGUAACUGGUGCCACCCUCAAGCACUCCUUCCUAGAGCUGGAAGAGGACAAGGAAUUGGCUGAAGCUCUGGUGUACCAGCGACGCGAGCAGGCAGCACUGAUGGCCCUUCUGCACGGGAGAGCUGAGAAAGAAGCUGAGGCAUGGUCCAGGCUAAAGCAGAUGUCCCUCAUAUCCCCAUGGGCCAAAACAUCUUCUAUUGAAGACAUCGAGGAGAGCUGGAACCGAUGGACUGAGGAUAAACAGGCAAGCAGAAUUGUGGGAGCUGCAUACAAGCCCAAGGUGCGUGUUCGGAACCCCAAACUCCUGACCUCCAGAGCGCAGUUUAACUGGAUGAGGCAGCAGAUCUCUCCUCAGGUCUACCAAUGCCUGUCUUUCACCGACCUUAAGCCGAUCCAACAGCCUGACUUCCUGAUGCAUAAGAUCCUGGACCAAGAAGGCCGGCACAUCCGUUGGGUGGCCAGUGAUAUCCGGAGUGAAAGGGAGUCUUUCCGGGGUCAGAUCAUCACAGACAUGGCAGCUGGCAGCUCACCUGCUGCCACACACUCCUCCCUCUCCAUGAUUUCUUUCUUCUACACCACCACAGACCUUGGGUCUGCCCCGAAGAACUCAGAGACCUCAAGGCCAGAUGUCUCCUUCUUGAAGCAUCUGAAACCCGGGGGAGCCACCCUCAUGUCCUCUCUGAAGUAG